CCAGCACCUUCUUCAGCUCUACUCAUUAUUGAUUACUUCUUACGUUGUGGAUCUCCAGCAUCUCGUCUAAGUACGUUUUUACGACAAGGAAAGAUAUUUAAACCGCUAUAUUGGCGUUGACGAGAUUGUCAUCUCGAUUUCAUUUUAUGUCGAAUGCGAUAAAUGUGAAUGAAAUUGUCACCACUGUUAUCAUCGAAGAAUGAAAAAUGGAAGCCCGUGAGGAUGGAGGAUUUCCUGGUGCUAAGCGACCUGCAGCGACAGCGAGUGCGAAAGUAGCCAGUGUUGGGAAUUUAGUGACCGCAGGAGUACUUCCUAUGACAGCACGCGGAACUACAAUGACAGCAGGAGGGGGCUCCGGUAGUAUAUCUCUGGCAGGACCAACUUCAGCAGGUGUCGAUCCCGCACAACUCUCGAUGACUAUGGUGGACGCAGGAGGAGACUGCGACGAGGUGGAUCAUGCGCCAGAAGUUGGCAGCAAAGUGAGGAAACGAGAUCCAGCCGCAAUGAAAAGCAGCAAAGCCGCAGAAACGUUAGGGUCGAAGUCCUCUUCAACAACCUCAACGGCAAAAGCGGGAGAAAAAGUGCAAUUCGCAUUGCCACCUGGUAUUGAUAGCGUAGCCUUCGCGGCGAAGUUCAGGGAGCUAUUCUCUUCGUUCGGCGCACCGCCCACAGGAGUCGCGGGUCCAUCCGUUUCGGCUGCAGCGCCGUCUUCAUCUACAGUGCACAAUUCCACGUCAACCUCAACGGAAACGACAGAAUCAUCAACAGAAGCUGUUACAAUCGAAAACAAAAAACUUUUGGAUUUACAACGCCUCCUAGUCGAUAACAAAGAGCUCUUGCAGGAAGCAGGAUUCUCCCUAAGCAGUCCAAGCUCUGUAGUUCCAGUGGCGUCCGCGGCGAAGCCACCUCCACUUAUGAUCUUCUGUCAGCAAAACCUAGAGCAAAGGUAGAAGGCCUAUAAAGUGUAAGUAGCAUGAAAGGACCUUUCAGAAAAGUAGGAGGAUGACCACACCUUCCGCUUUGUCAGCUGGUACACGCCAACGAACUCUUUCUCUUGGUGAUAUUACAUCCUCGUUGUUUACCUUCAUCUAGUAUGCCGCUUUGGAUGCCAAAAUAUUUAGAAGAAUCGGAAUCCCCUACUGGUACUGCUCUCCUGUUGCUUUCAUUGUCUUACUCGACGUAGCCGCGGCUCCGUUGCUAAGCCAGAUUAGUGUGACUGCGCAAAAGCAAGAGAACAGCGUUUUUGGCCAGAUCUCCAAAUCUGUGGUCAAAAUCUACAAUACAAGUGCCUCUUACGACUACGAUAACCCGUGGAGCGCGCCAAAACAGGGACAAGGGCACGGAUCCGGCUUUAUCAUCUCCAAGAACAGAAUCGUCACAAACGCACACGUGGUCAGCAACACUACCUUUAUCCAAGUUCGAAAGGCGGGUACCAGUAAGAAAUUUCCCGCGAAGCUGCGGAGGAUCUUGCACUCAGUGGACCUGGCGCUCCUAGAACUCGAUGCGGAAGCCAUUGCAACUGGAAACACCAAGAAACCGUCGAAAAGCAAAGCUGUUACAGCGGCUGCAGCAGCGCAAAGAGCUCCUAGUCAAGUAGAACCUUCUGGGACUCCUGGGACUGGGUUAACAGGUAAUAUAAUUGAUCCCGUUUUGGAAAAGAAGAAGGAGAAAGCCAUAGAAGAUUUCUUUCGGGGCACGAUUGCUCUGGAAUUUGGCGAAACGCCGCGCGUUGGAGACGAAGUUUUUGCUUAUGGUUUCCCCUGGGGUGGGGAAGAAAUGAGCCUUACCAAAGGCGUCGUCUCCCGUGUGGAGAUGAAUGAAGCUGCGCACGGCUCCGGAAGUGAAGUGCUAUCCUGCGACAUGGAUACGGCGAUAGUCGGCGGAAAUUCAGGUGGUCCAGUCAUCGGUGGUCACGGGAGCACCCUCGUUGUGGGAGUCGUUUUCCAAGGGUAUCUACUUCACUACACAACAUCAUGAUAUUGAUAUCGUUGCGACUACCUUCUACUUACUUCUUCAUUUUCAUAAGCGUAUUCUCUCUCAGUCUCAGAAAUCUUGGUGGCCGAUGUAAACAGUGAAGACUGGCGCACUAUCUCCUACGAUGUUCAUCAACGAUAACUGUACCAACAACAUGUACUUCUUGUCCUCGUAUGAUGAAGCUAGUACUCUAAUAUAUAAAACUAAACAAGAACGGUGGUCGAUGAGUAUGAGAUAAGACCUUGUUCAUCUGAACUUCGACAAUACAACCCAGAUACGACUCAAAGCCUGGUGGCUACAUGAUCGCGGUCGAGGUGUUGAAGCGCGUGGUUGAACUGGAUGACGAGGGGCGAAGCCUGAUCACUCCGUCGACAGGUAUCACUGCCCAGAAGUUGGAGAACAGGUCUCUAAGGCGCGCAUUGGGCCUCGACGAGCGAACUACGGAGGAUGCUAUGUCUCCGAAACGAGGCGCGAAAGAAGGGACGGAAGAUGAAAAUGCUGCAUCGGCAAUGGACGACGUGCGCUCUGUAGAAUCUCCGAACGAAAAAGGGGGGUCAACUCAUCAACAGGGGAACGAAGGAAAAGCCAUGACUUCACCGCUGACCGCAGUUGUAGAGGGGACAAAAAAUGUUGUUGAGGAAAAUCAAAAUCUUGCGGAGGAUGAUACGAAUUGCGAUGGUCAACCAGCAGCCACAACUGAGAUUGUGAAAGCGAAGGAUGGCACUCCCAUCGCAGUCACGCGUGUAGCAGCAAAAGGAGAAGGCGCGAUCGAAGUUAAGGCUACUUGUUCCAGUUUGGUGAUGCUCAAAGAAAUUCAGAACUCUUUUAUAAGUAACCCAAAGAAUAACUGGCUGAACAAGCUGGUGAGAGCAGCUCCUCUCCAGAUUGAUAUGAUCGACAGCACGCAUAAUCCAUAAUGUUAGUUCGCGUCAGAUGAAUUAUUCUACCUCAGUUCCUCGCCGUCUUCUAAUCCUAGUGGCAUCAUGAUUUGUCGCGUAGGCGACUACUCGCCGUUGAGCAAUAUUUUGCUGCCGAACGACGUUCUCCUUCAGAUCGAAAAGUAUGAGAUCGGUGAGAACGGAACAAUCGAACUGCGACCAGGCGAGCGUACUCGAUGGACGCAUGCAUGCUACACCGGGAAAACCAUAGGCGAAUCGAUUUUCUUCAAGUGGUUUAGAAAUGGUAUUCGUUGUUGCAUUGGACUAUACUAUUACUAUCACUAGUAAGUUGUACUUGUAUCAUCUUCUAUCUAAGAACCUGGUAGAGUUUGUUCAGGGCUUCGCUUUUCGUUGUUGCACAUUUUUUACUACUACCACACGCACACGCUUGAAUAACUAGUAUCUUGUCAACAAUAAAAAUCAAAGGUAAUUUCUAUUCCGGAACGGUUCCGUUAACAGUGACACCGGGGGAUGUGAAAUAUGCUAUCGAAUAUCUCUACGACGUGAGACCGCAGUUUGUUUUGAGAGGCGGUGCUGUAUUUCAGCCGCUCACCCGGAACCUGUGUAUGAAAGGCGCUGGCGUGCGUCCGCGUAUCAAAGCACUCAUGUACGACUACCGGACGCGGGACAACCAUGACUUCGUCGUUUUGACGAAGGUGCUUCAGGCGGACCUGACCGCGGGGUACGACCGGGUCCGAUACAUGAUAGUUGAGCGGAUUAAUGGAGAAGAAAUACGAACGCUGCAAGAUGUCGUGAAGGCGUUCGACGGACGAGAACCACAUCAAGCACAAGCAGCAAGUCUAGAGCUAGAGGAAGAAGCUGAUGAGGCAGGUUCGUUAACACCACGUAGUGCCUUUCGACAAGCCCUUCGGCAUAAAAAAGACGCAACUACAUCAUCUACAUCCAGUUCUAGUACUAACACUAGUACAACCAGCACAACCACAACAGCUGGAGCAGGAGAGGGGGCCGGCGCCAGUGCUGGAGCAGAAAAGAGCACAGGCGCGGACGAGACUCCCCUUCGGGGCAACAGCUCCGAAAGAACCUAUACGAUAGUUAUGUCGAGCAACCUUGUUCAUGGGAAAAUGGAUAGAGAAGGAAUAUACAAAAUGAAAGUUUUACUUUUAGCGUCCAAGGUGUAACAAGUUGGACCUCCUACAACUAGCCAAUUAUACAUUUACUUUUCACGAACACGACCGUCGUUCGAUUUGGUCGAGACUCCAGUAUAUGUAUAUCAAAGUACAACCCCUAAAAAACAGUCUAUGAUAUAGAUCUAGUGGCCCACCACAUUUUUUAUCGCACAACUUCUAAAGCUGAGCUGGAAAACGGACAGGCAGUGGUUCUGAUUUCCUCGAGCUUAGCUGAAGAUACAAAGAAGAUCGCUGCGACGUACCACGUGCCUCUCUUAGAGCAUCUUGCAUCAUAA